ACAGAAGUGAAAAAGAGUGUUUGAAUAGUAACAAUGCAGGGUCAUAUAAAACUGUUUAUAUUGUUGUGUGUGACCACGUGGGGCGGAUGCUACGGAAGCCAUUUUAACGCAUCAGCCUUUGCCGAAGCUCCUCCCCUGUACGCCCUGGACGAGUGGGCGCAGUGCCAGCGCCCGGCAGACGUCUACUGCAUCGUGCACGCAGCUUUGACGUCCGCCACUCCUAACCACUUGCUGGACUUACUGCGGGAAUACUCAGCCGAUACGCAGAAGCACUUCAAUCGGACUCUGGUGCAUCGCGGGGUUUGCGUGUCGCGCUGCGGCGGAGAGGGUCCGGAGACCUGGCAUGAUGCUGCGCAGCUCUGCGUCAACCAGAGCCUCGCCAGAUAUGACCUGGAGGCUCAAGUAUUGUCAGUGCGGUGGUGCAACAAACCGGUCCCUAAGUUGAGCACUUCAGCGUUUGUGUUCAACAUCGUGAUCCUGAUCCUAUUGGCGGUAACUUCCUUGGCAACUGGCCUUCAUGUCUUUGGCAGAUUCUGCGGGAAAUUUCAAGGUAACAUGUAUCUCCUAGCAUUUUCCAUCAAGAAGAACUGGCAAAUAUUAACGCACAUCAGGUCAACGCCCAAAGCAGAAGAUCGCACGAGUGAUCUGAGCAGCUUGGAAGGCAUUAGGUUCUUAGGAACCCUGGGUGUCAUCUCCACUCACGUCACCAUUGUGUACGUUUACUCAUUCAUCGAUAAUCCUGAAUUCAUUGAAAAUAUGUUCGACCACAUCCCCACUCAGCUGGCCUUCAACUCGCCGCUGUGGAUGCAAGUGUUCUUCUCUAUCUCCGGCUUCCUCACCGCCUACUUCACGCUCAUCUACGCGGAGAAGCGCACGCUUACCGUCGGCAGAUGCGUGCUCUCUUUUAUCAAUCGGUUUAUCAGGUUAACGCCAGUAGCGAUGUUUGGCAUAUGGUUCACGAUCGCGUACCCGCGGCUGGGCAGCGGGCCGCAGUGGCAGCUGCUGGUGGAGCGAGAAUCGCAAGACUGCACCGAGCGCUGGUGGUACCACCUGUUCUACGUGCACAACCAUCUCACGUUGGGCAAGUUCUGCAUGGGCCACACGUGGUAUCUGGCAGUGGACAUGCAGCUGCACAUCCUGGGCUCGGUCCUGUUGCUCGUGUUCCUGCGCUGGAGGAAGAGCGUCGCGCCAGUCAUCUUCACGCUGGUCUCCAGCGCCAUUAUCGCCACCGGCCUGAUUGUUUACUUUUACGACCUCUCACCUAUCAUUACUGCGCAGACUCCUGAGAUUGUCAGCAACAUGUUCCGGGGCUCGGAGCUGAUGACGAAGCUGUACUUGCCGGUGUGGAUGAACUUGUGUGGAUACCUGUUCGGCUUCGCUGUAGCUUUUAUCUACCAUAGCAACCAGGUGAAAGGCGUCAAGCUCAACGAAGUCAAGUGGUUCAACCUCGUGUUCCACGCAACACUAACGCUGGCCCUGUGCGUGACCCUGGCGGGAGUGGCGUUCCUCUCAGACAUCAAACCGCCGCGCUGGGCUGCCAUCCUCUACAGCUCCUUCGACCGCGUGCUCGUCGCUCUGUGUUUUAACAUCUUCCUGCUAGGAUGCUUCAGCAAUUGCAAAUCUGUACUCCGCGACGCACUAUCCUGGCGAGGCUUCCACGUGCUCGGGCGGCUCUCAUACUCUGUGUUCAUCGUGCACUUCAUUAUCAUGCGCAUGACUGUGGCCAGCAACACGCAGAUCGGACAUAUCUCCGUUUAUGCUAUGAUCUCUUUAUUAAUAGUCAGUUCAGUCCUCUCGUACAUCGUCGCCAUACCUGUCUACCUCCUCAUAGAGAUGCCUUUCAUCCAACUCUGGAAAGCCCUCACCGGUGAAAACACGAAGAAGGAACACGAAGAAAAUGACCAGAAUCAGACAGCGCCGGCCAAAUUAAAUAUUGUUAGAGUUAGAAGUAAAAGACAUGAUACCAAUGAUGUUUAAUAUUAAGGUUAGUAAUAGUAAUACUUCAUCCACGGAAGUAAGUUAAUAUAGGUUACUUAAUCCCAUACAAAUGAUA